UGGUAAUUUGAUGAUGAUUUAAGGAAAAAGGGGAGAGAUUUCGGGGAAGGUUCGCAUAGCAGGUGUGACUAGUGACUGGUGACUUGCCAUCGCAUAGUUGCCGGCCAUCCAACGCCAAAUAGGAAGGAAGGAUAUCCCUAAAUCUCAGCCAUCCCAAGAGACUUACACCUCUUGUUUCUGUUUGAGUCGAGUCGAGUCUCUUCUCUUCUAAUCUCCUCCAUAGCAUAUUUUGACCCGAUCCAACCCUCGCUUUGCUAGAUCUCUUGAUGAUGGGUUCCGUUCUAGAGGACAAGAUAGACCGUCAUAGUUUUCACGACCACCACGACGCCGACGAUACUCCCUUAGCAUCUUCCUCUUCUAAAGUCCUCCAACAAUUACACAGCUUCGAUUUUGAGGACACAAGCGUUGUAGAUUUGCGGAGCUCAUCCAUCUUUAACACAACACGUAUCAGCAGGAGUAUAUACGUCGUCUUAAUUAAAGCCAAGAUCAACCUCUUGCUUCCCUUUGGUCCAUUGGCCAUUCUCCUACAUUAUCUAACUGGACACCAUGGAUGGGUCUUUUUCUUCACCUUAUUGGGGAUUACUCCUUUGGCAGAACGCCUCGGUUAUGCUACCGAGCAGCUUGCCUUCUACACAGGACCCACAGUUGGGGGUCUGCUUAAUGCCACAUUCGGCAAUGCAACUGAAAUGAUUAUAUCAAUUUAUGCAUUGGAAAGCAAUAUGAUAAGGGUUGUUCAGCAAUCUUUACUCGGUUCAAUCUUGUCAAAUAUGCUUCUAGUUCUUGGCUGUGCAUUCUUUACUGGUGGCAUUGUCCACUACAAAAAAGUGCAGGUUUUUGAUAAGGCAGCUGCUGUUGUCAAUUCUGGGUUACUCUUGAUGGCUGUAAUGGGAAUACUAUUUCCUGCUGUGCUUUACUUUACUCACUCCGAAGUUCAUCAAGGGAAGUCAGUCUUAUCUCUUUCAAGAUUUAGCAGCUGCAUAAUGCUACUGGCCUAUGCAAGCUACCUUUUCUUUCAACUUAGAAGUCAGCAAAAUGUUUAUAGUCCAGUUGACGAGGAAGGAGAUAAUGGUGAAAAUUCUGAUGAGGAGGAAGAACAUGAAUUAACUCAAUGGGAGGCAAUAAUCUGGCUUGCUAUCUUGACAGCAUGGGUAUCUAUAUUGUCUGGAUACCUUGUAGACGCCAUACAGGGAGCAUCUGAGUCAUUGAAUAUGUCAGUGGCUUUUAUUUCUGUCAUCUUGCUUCCAAUUGUAGGCAAUGCUGCAGAACAUGCCAGUGCUAUCAUGUUUGCCGUGAAGGACAAGCUUGAUAUCACUAUUGGAGUUGCUAUUGGAUCGUCUACACAGAUAUCUAUGUUUGUGAUCCCUUUCUGUGUAGUUGUUGGAUGGUGCAUGGGAAAAGAAAUGGACUUGAAUUUUCAACUAUUCGAGACUGCCACGCUUUUUAUCACUGUGUUAGUAGUUGCAUUUAUGAUGCAGGAAGGAACCUCAAAUUAUUUUAAAGGGUUGAUGCUUAUUCUAUGCUAUCUAAUAGUUGCUGCCAGUUUUUUCGUACAUGUAGACCCUAAAAGUGGUGAUGACUAAAUAUUUAGUGUAGGUAUGGCAAUUGUCAAUGCUGCAUUUCUUUCCCCUUUCUGUACCAUAAAGGUAGUAAGCAGGAUUUUUGAAAGGGUUCAGGAAGAUUCUUGCAUUCAACAUGACCUGGGAACCCCUGAUGUGGUCACGGGCAAUUUACUGUACUGAAAAUUUCCAGCCUUGUAUUAUAUAUUGAAUUUUGAGUGUAUGUGUUACUGUAUUAUUUUUAUCUCCAUAGCUUUCAUUCAUUCACCAUAAAAUGUUGUAGCCUUUGGGCUCUCAUCUCCAAUGAAUCACGUUGAAAGUAACCAAUCAAUGCAAAGCUUUCUUUCAUUUUGUA